ACGCAUUUCGGCUGCGUUGUUUCCCUCCAUGUAAGUUCCUUAGCGACAUGUUCUUCAGAUGCUCCACUGGAAAGCUGAGAUCUUUUAAAACCAUCCGAGACCAGAGGAACUCCUGAGCGCCUGGACACACCGUCUGAGUUUGAGACAGCAGCACUUCCGACUUAUGCAGUGUCUAUAGCAGUGAAAGAUGUUCAACAAGUCGUUCGGGACUCCCUUCGGGGGAGGAACAGGAGGAUUUGGGACUUCAUCCACGUUUGGACAACAGAACACGGGGUUUGGAACAACAGGUGGUUUUGGUGCUUCUGCUUUUGGAACCACAAACAACACCGGUGGUCUCUUUGGGGCAACACAGAACAAACCUGGUGGGCUUUUUGGCUCCAGCACAUUCAGUCAGCCCGUCACUUCGUCUACAAGCAGUGGAUUUGGGUUCGGUGCCACAAGCGGCGGUACCUCGAACAGCCUCUUUGGAAGUACUAAUACAGGAGGCGGAGGCCUUUUCUCUCAGCAAGGCAAUGCAUUCGGUGCCAAUAAACCCGCCUCUUUUGGUACGUUUGGCACUAGUACCAGCAGCGGAGGGUUGUUUGGGACAACCAACACCACCUCCAAUCCUUUCGGAGGAACGUCCUCUCUGUUUGGAUCCUCAGGCUUUACUGCUACCCAGCCUGGUACAACCAUCAAAUUUAAUCCACCAACAGGAAGUGACACGAUGGUAAAGAGCGGCGUGACGACCAGCAUCAACACCAAGCACCAAUGCAUCACAGCCAUGAAGGAGUAUGAAAACAAAUCUCUAGAGGAGUUAAGGUUGGAGGAUUACCAGGCAGGGAGGAAAGGACCCUCCAACCCAAUGGCAGCCAACACAGGCGGCCUGUUCGGGGCUGCAGCCGCCGCGACUCCCAGCACUGCUACUGGCCUCUUCGGGUCCUCGGGUACCGGCUUCAGCUUCAACCAGUCCAAGCCCUCCUUCAGCGCUGGCACAAGUGGCUUUGGGACGACCCCAGGUGGUUUAUUUGGCCAGCCGUCGCAGGCUAAUAGUCUCUUCAAGCCCUUCGGUCAGGCCACCACCACCCAAAACACAGGCUUCUCAUUCGGAGGCACCAACACCAUGGGCCAGGCCAAUACCAGCAGCAUGGGUCUGUUUGGGAACACGGCUGCCUCACAGGCCGGAGGUCUGUUUGGAAACACGGCUAACACCAGCACAGCCACUGGCUUCGGCACGGGCACUGGACUCUUUGGGCAGCCCAAUGCCGGCUUUGGGAAUGUGGGUACACAGAAUCUGUUCGGUAACAAGCCUGCUGGUUUUGGCACCACCACCACGAGCGCUCCCUCCUUUGGCACAGGCACUGGCCUGUUUGGCAACAAACCCACACUCACUUUGGGGACAAACACAAACACCUCCACCUUUGGGUUUGGAGCCAAUCCUGCUGGAGGCAGUCUGUUUGGAAACAAACCUGCCACUGGUACACUAGGAACAGGUCUCGGAGCAGGUUUUGGAGCAGGUGUAGGUACAGGGCCGUCAUCUCUGUUUGGAAAUACCCAGAACAAGAUAGGCUCCACUCUGGGGACAGUGGGAACGUUUGGGGGUACUAGUUUCAACACAGGAGCCAGCACGCUGAACUUCGGAGCACCGCAGCAACCUGUUGCCCUGACAGAUCCCAACGCUGCAGCCCAGCAAGCAGUGCUACAGCAGCAGCUCAAUGCGCUUAACUAUUCACCUUUCGGAGAUUCGCCCCUUUUUAGAAACCCGCUCUCUGACCCCAAGAAGAAAGAGGAGCGCCUGAAGCCUACAAAUCCAGCUGCCCAGAAAGCCCUGACGACCCCUACACACUACAAGCUCACCCCUCGUCCUGCCACGCGUUUGCGUCCCAAGGCCCUCACCUCGUCAGGUUCAGGGAAAUCUCAGCUUUUCGAUGGGCUAGACGACGAUGAACCUUCUCUCACCAACGGAGCUUUUAUGCCCAGGAGGAGCAUAAAGAAGCUUGUGCUGAAGAACUUGAAUGGAAGCAGUCUGUACAACAGCCCACUGAACAGGGAGGCUGAUGACUUGAACUCGCCAUCAGAAUACCCUCAGAACGGCCUCAGUCUGAGAGCGGAUGCAGAAGAAACCCAAGAUAUAGAGGCGGAAGGAGGAGCAGAAGAUGAUCUGCAAGUCUCCAAGUUCUACACCAACCCCAUCGCUAAGCCCAUCCCACACAACCAGCCCAGUCCCUCGCUUCAAGACACCAUCAGCGAGCUGAACAUGAGGAGAGCCGUCAGUGCCCGCAAUGGCCUGGACCUGAGCAGUGAGGAGAUCUCUUUGGGAGACGAGAGUGUUCAGGAAGAGAGAGACGAGGAGCUGGAGGCACAGAAACCUCCUCACCCAGCCGGUAUCGUCCUCACUCGGGUGGGCUACUACACCAUCCCUUCCAUGGAGGAGUUGGGGAAGAUGCUGAAUGAAAACGGGGAGUGUAUUGUCGAGAACUUCACAGUCGGAAGGAAAGGCUAUGGGUCAGUUUUCUUCCCUGGUGAAGUGAAUUUGACAAACCUGAAUCUUGAUGAAAUCGUGCACUUGAGACGAAAGGAAAUAAUCGUCUACCCUGAUGACAAAGAUAAGCCUUCUGUAGGAGAGGGCCUCAACAGACGAGCAGAAGUGACCCUUGAUGGCGUUUGGCCCAACGACAAAACCACCUGCACUCAGAUCAAAAGUCCUCAGCGUCUGAGUGAGAUGCACUACGAGGAACGUCUGGAGAACGCCUCACGCAAACAAGGUGCUCGCUUCCUGGAGUACAGACCAGAGACCGGCUCCUGGGUGUUUGAGGUGGCACACUUUUCCAAGUAUGGCCUGCAAGACUCCGAUGAGGAAGACGACGUUCCCCCGGCUAAAACCGAGACGAAGAAGAUGAAAACCGCCAUCCCGGCCGGACUACAACAAAUUCCACUGACCCAGCAGCAUCAGCAGAUGGCGCCACAAGCUCAGAGUACGGCAGUACUGGAGCUUCUGAGCCGCGUGUCGGAGCUGGACAGUGACAUGGCGGAUAUUACCCAGGAGCCUCCAGCAGAUGGAGUGUUGUGUGAGGAGGAGGACAGCGUGCUGGAGGAUGACACCAGGAUGGCCCUAAGAGCAGCAACCCCUGCUGAGCCAGAGCCCAUCUCUGCCUCCAGUCAGAUCGCCUCCUCGUUAGGAAUCAACCCGCACACUCUUCAGAUUAUGAAGGCAUCCCUGUUUGCGGGUGAUGACGACUGCGACCUCUUUCACGAGCAGCUCCCUCCGAAACUCUUGGAGGAGGUGUCGUCUCCCCGGCUUAUACUUGGUAACUCCCAGGCCAGGCUAUCAGUCGGUGGUCUUCUGCAGAGCAAGUUCACCUCAGGUGGAGGGCUGUUUUCACACCUGCCAGAGGUUCCUUUUGGAGUGAUCUCUCAGAAGCUGAGUAAGCCAGCAGUACCAGAAGCCCCAUGGCCCUCACUGGGCACCUCCAUUAUUUUGCCUCCUCCUGUUCCUGAGGUCACGCUGAGGACUGUGGGAGCACGCAGACUGGGGGGUCCCGUGCCUCUUGAUAACUCGGUCACUCUGGGAAAAGGCCGUCUGCUGAUGGACGCAGCGCUGUACAUGGGCCGCUCAUUCAGGGUGGGAUGGGGGCCUAACUGGACGCUCGUGCAUUGUGGGAAUCCACUUAGCUCAUCUGCAGAGUCAAAGGAUCAGUCUAAAGACGCCAUGGGCUUCGGCUUCUUGCCCAGACCUACCAAGACCCGGCAGAUCACUGAAAGCCCCUUUAAAGUACACGUGGAGCAGGUGGUGGGAAUGGAGCCCAAGGAGACGGCAGAGAGCCUGGCUGUGUACCACCAGCCGCUUGAGAUCGGGCUCAAGCACAGCACGAUCAGCACUGAUGAUGUCUGCCCCUUCAUCCAGCCAGAGAAAGGAGUCAACGCUCUGCACGAUUACGCCAAGUGGAUCGUGGAGGUCCUCAAGAAGGCAGGAGCUGGAGACGUUGUACUUGGUCACUGGCAGCAAGUGUGGACUCUGUGUGAGGCUCUUUGGGGAAGGCUUGGAGAUCAGGACUUGGAGGCAGAGGGUGGCGGAGAUUAUCGAGAGCAACAUGCGAGAAGGCGCACUUUCUCCCGCUGGCUAUCUGAGAGCGCUGCCCAACGCAUCCAGGAGGAAGUGUGCCAGAGUCAGACACAGCACCAUGUCGAUGCCAUCUUCAGCUACCUGACCGGCCACUGCAUCAGUGAGGCUUGUAGAUUGGCCCAGAAAAACGGAGACCAUCGUCUGUCCCUGCUGCUGUCCCAGGCCGUGGGCUCUCAGUUCAGCAGAGAUCUUUUGGCUCUACAGUUAGCAGACUGGAACAGAAUGCAGACAGACUCUUUCAUUCAGGAGGAGAGAUUGCACAUUUUCGCCCUACUUGCAGGCAAACCGGUUUGGGAGACAACAGGCUGCUGCAUAAAUGUGUGCUCUGAGCUCGACUGGAAACGCUGUUUGGCUGUGCAUCUGUGGUACAUGCUGCCUCCCACAGCCUCUGUAGCAGACGCUCUCGCCAAAUACGAAGCUGCCUUUCAGGGUCCAGAAGAGGGAAGAAAAUAUGCCUGUGCUCCUCUCCCUCCCUAUAUGGAUGAUGUAGAACAGGAAGCUUUGGAAGAGAUGGAGGAUACAGAAUUUAAAAAACCCCUCUAUGACAUCUGUUUCCAUCUGCUCAAACUUUACAGUGACAAGCACUACAGCCUGCAGCAGCUGCUGGACCCCACUACAGUGACGGCAGAGCAGCUAGACUACAGGCUAAGUUGGCACCUGUGGAAUGUGCUACAGGCCCUGAAUUACACCCACCUGUCAGUGCCACGCCAGAGUCUCCUACACGCUAGCUACGCUGCCCAGCUCGAGAGCGCUGGCCUCUGGGAGAUGGCAGUUUUUGUUUUGCUGCACAUCCCUGACUCAUUGCUUCGAGAGCAUGCUGUGCGGGAGAUCCUGAACCAGCACUGCGCCCUGGAGGAGACUCAGGAGUCUGCAGAGAAGGAACACUUCCUCACUGACAAGCUGCUCAUCCCCAUGCAGUGGAUUCAUGAAGCCAAGGCCACCCGGGCGCGCAGGGACGGAGACAGGCACCGCGAAGCACUGCACCUCUACAGGGCUGGACACUGGAACCACUGCCACCGGCUUAUCAUCCAAAACCUGGCUUCAGACUGCAUCAUUAAUGAUAAUCAUGAGUAUCUGAAGGAGUUUCUGGAAGGCUUGGCAGUGCCUGAGCGCAGCGUGCAGAUACAGGACUGGGACACAUCUGGACGUGUCUAUCUGGACUACAUCCGCGUUAUUCAGACCCUAAAAGCCAUUCAGCAGAUGGACAGCCCAGGAUAUGAGCUGGAGCGGCUACACACCGACGUGACAUCCCUGUGCAGCAGGAUUGAACUCCUUCCCUGUUUCAAAGCCAAAGACAGACUGGCCCAGUCAGAAAUGGCCAAACGUCUGGCUAACAUCCUGCGUGCGGUGCUAAGCCUUCAGCAGGGUGGAGAGGGCACGCCGGAUCCUCGUCACAUCCCCCUGUGCCAUCUCGCACCUCACAUCGGACGCUUACCCAUGCCCGAGGACUACGCUCUGGAAGAACUUCGCAGCCUCACCCAGUCUUACCUACGUGAAUAUGUUGUUAGUCACUGAGAAUAGUGACCACUUACAGAACUUCAGGGCUUUCUCGACACUCUGUCUUUGAGCGCUCUAGUUUUCACCUCUUGUCAAAACAUAAUGUCUCAUAACACAUAAACAUGUUCAUUCAUGA